AUUGAAUUUUGUGUUUAUCUUUUCUCUCUCCUUUAUGUACGAUGUGUUACGGUCACAACCACUCGUCAUCACGCAACACCCUCCGUAGCCGCCGAUCUCCCGACGGAGAAAACGAAGAUUCGGUGGUGGUCGACGAUCUCCGAGACCGGAUCGCGGAAACAGAGGCGCGGCUUCGUCGAGCCAGAGCGAGAGAAGCUGAGCUCAACCGUCGGUUAGAGCAGAUGAAGAGAUUCGUCUCCGUCAUGGAGAUCAUGGAGGCUUUCUUAGAACGAAGGUUCCAAGAGCAGAAAGAUCGAAUCUCUCGCCUUUUCUCCUCUGUAUCAACGAAAUGAAAGUAUCUUUCGUCUUCUUCCUCUGUUUUGAUUGUUCUGUUUCUCUCUUGUUGUUUGUGUUUGAUAAUAAUAUCAAUUAAUCUUUUUAAAAUGUAAAAUCUUUAUGAAUUACAAUACAAAGUUAGAAACUUUAUUGAGUUUUUGUGUGUCUAUACAAAAGUAUCAACUUAGGAGGAAGCUUGUGUUCUGUUUCUUCCUCUGUUUCCUCUGUUUUGUUUGUUCUGUUUCUCUACUUGUUGUUUGUGUUUGAUAAUAUCAAUUAAUCUUUGUUAAAAGUGAAUGCUUUAUGAAUUAGAAUACAAAG